AUGUCAAACGCAAUUCAUGAUGUUGAAGAAGUGGUGGAGAUUACUCCUUCACAAGGGGCGGGAACUUGGCCUGAAGAGAUUGUUGAAGAAGUGGUGGAGAUUACUCCUUCACAAGGGGCGGGAACUUGGCCUGAAGAGAUAGAGCUUUACUUCAUAGAUCUGAUGAAGGAAGAAGUGAAAAAGGGAAAUAGGCACACUACUACCUUUACUAGGACAUCUUGGAAAUUCAUUGAGGAUGAGUUGAAAAAGAAGUCUGGGAAGGAAUACCCACAUGAACAAUUGAAAAACAAAUUUAAUCAAUUAAGGCAACGUUGGAGAAAUUUGAAAAGUUUAUUGACAGACACGGCAGUUGGAUAUACUGUUAGCACCGGCCAAAUAUCCGCAACAGAAGAUGUGUGGAAAAAUUAUAUGCGACUCACAAGUAUGCAAGAUAUUUUAGGAGGAAAGGGUGCAAAGGUUAUGACAAGUUGUGCAUUAUUUUUGGUGAUACAAUUGCUACUGGUGAUAAUGCUUAUCCAUCUACAAAAAGUCCUACUAUUAGUAAUGAUGAUAAAGAAGAAGAUGAAGAGCAAGAGGAGGAGGAAAUAGAAUCAUCUCGGGCUAAGAAAAAGUCAAAAGUAGGGGGGAAACGAGUACCAUUGAGGCAACAAGUCCAAUUAGCAAUGGUGGAUGCUCUUGCCUCGAUGGGCGAAAGUAAUAAGAAUAAAAUGGAAUGGAAGGAGAGGAAAAUGAGUUCUACUUCUGGGCAUAGUCAUGUUAGUGGUGCUAUUGGUCCUCGUGAAGGUUCAAAUGAGAUUACGAAUUGUAUUACCGUGCUUAGUGCUCUUGAAGGGAUUGAUUCUAGACAAUUUUUAAAAGCCACACAAGUCUUACAUGAUGAUACGGUAUGGAGAACAAUCUUCCUAGCGAUGCCCGAUGAGAGAAAGAAGGAAUGGGUGUUAAGUCUUCCAUGACGCGUGCUUGAAUUAGAGACUAUCUUUCUAUUAGUGUAUUAUGCAAGUUUGUAGUAGUUUGCAUUAGCUUGAGGAACUUUCUAAUUAUCUACUACUUAUGUUAGUUGUAUUAUGUUGAGGACAUUUGUAUGUGCUUAUUUUAUGUUGUUUGCAUUAGGUUGAGGACAUACAUAUUUAUUUCUAGCUUAUCUAUGGUUGGUUGUGAUGUUGAAAUAUUCUGUUGCAUUUGAUGAUGUAUUUAUAGCUAGGUUAGCUUGUUUCCAUGGUUGUAGAAUCCUUCAUUAAGAUGUAUCAUUAGUUAGCCAAAUGGAUGUAUGACUACUUAUGAUGCUCAUGCUGGUUUCUU